AUUACCACCAUUUGUCUCUUUCUCUCAAUUCUCAAUCUCUCCCUGCACUACUACUUCUCUUUCUCGCACUUCUUUCUUUCCUACAUAUAUAUGAUGGCACCGCUUUUUGCUUUCAUUCCCACUUUCCUUUCCGCCCACGCCAGUAGUCUUUCUUAGGAUCCAUUUCUUUCGCUCCCUAUAAAUACGUACUACAAAAAUCUCAUUCACACACAAACAAACAGAGAGAGAGAGAGAGAGAAAGAAAAGAAAAGAAAGGACGUGGUUUAUUUCUUAUUGUCAAAAUUCCGUUAGAUCUGCUAUUGUUGUCCGAAAAUAUAUUUAAGAACCAGUAUUCAAGUUUUUCUCAAAUUCUUUUUACAUAAUUUGUUUCAAAGUGAUUGAUAAUUUAUGUAGCGGUUAAUCAAACAAAACUCUAACCUAUUGUAGAUCCUUUUUCCUUGUUCCAUUUCCGAGUGAAAAGUACUUUUUCUCUCUGUGUGUUUUCCGUUUCACUGUAAAGCGGUUAAUAGAUCCUUUUUCUUUUUUUUUCAUUGUUCUAUUUCCUAGUAAAAAAAAAAAAAAUACUUGUCUCUGUUUUUACGUUUUCCAUCUCUACGUGUUUUUUCUAUUGUCACUGUAAAGCGGUUAUCAAAGCAGAAACUCUCCAGUUUAAUUUUUUGUAGUCUGUUUGGUUACAAGUUUCUGGUUUUCCUGGAGUGAAAAUUGCGGUGUGGAAUUGAAAAUGGAGCAGAAAAGCAUACUGAUAUCGGCGUUGAGUGUAGGGGUGGGAGUGGGAGUGGGAGUGGGUUUGGGUUUGGCUUCGGGAUCACAAACCGUUGCCAACUGGACCGGAAACGGUUCUGCCUCUAACGCCGUUACUCCUGACAAGAUGGAGAAGGAGUUGCUCAGGCAAAUUGUUGACGGCAGAGAAAGCACCGUCACCUUCGACCAGUUUCCCUACUACCUCAGUGAGCAGACACGGGUAUUGCUAACGAGUGCUGCCUAUGUCCAUUUGAAGCAUGCUGAUGUUUCCAAGUACACACGAAAUCUUGCUCCUGCAAGUCGAGCUAUUUUGCUCUCAGGACCUGCAGAACUUUACCAACAAAUGCUUGCCAAGGCUUUAGCCCAUUUCUUUGAAGCGAAGUUACUACUGUUAGAUGUAACUGACUUUUCACUGAAGAUUCAGAGCAAAUAUGGUAGUGCCAAAGAUUCUCAUUUCAAAAGGUCCAUUUCAGCAUCAACACUGGAGCGGUUGUCUGGCUUCCUUGGAUCAUUUUCAAUUCUUCAACAGAGGGAGGAACCCAAAGGUGCAAUACGGAGGCAAAGCAGUGGGGUGGAUAUUGGUUCAAGGCCAACAGAAGGUUCUUCACUUCCUUCUAAGCUUCGCAGGAAUGCCUCUGCUUCUGCUAAUAUCAGUAGCCUCGUUUCGCAAAGCAUUUCAACAAAUCCAGGUCCUCUCAAGCGCACAAGUAGCUGGUCCUUUGAUGAGAGGCUUCUUAUACAGUCUCUUUAUAAGGUUUUGUGUUAUGUGUCAAAAACCUUUCCCAUUGUGUUGUAUCUUAGGGAUGUUGAUAAGCUCUUGUUUAGAUCGCAAAGGAUAUAUAACUUGUUCCAGAAAAUGCUGAAGAAACUGUCUGGAUCAGUGCUGAUUCUUGGUUCACGAGGUCUAGAUCCUGAUAAUGACUAUAGAGAUGACGAUGAGAGGCUUACUGCUAUAUUCCCUUAUAAUAUUGAUAUCAGGCCUCCAGAAGAGGAAUCCCAUCUUGUCAACUGGAAGUCUCAACUGGAGGAGGAUAUGAGGAUGAUCCAGGUUCAGGACAACAAAAACCACAUCAUGGAAGUACUUUCAUCAAAUGAUCUUGAUUGUGAUGAUCUGGAUUCAAUCUGCAUGGGAGACGCAAUGGUUCUCAGUAACUACAUUGAAGAGAUUGUGGUGUCAGCUAUUUCUUAUCAUUUAAUGAAUAACAGGGAUCCUGAAUACAGAAAUGGAAAACUUGUUAUAUCAUCUAAUAGUUUAUCCCAUGGAUUGAGUAUAUUCCAGGAAGGAAAUUCCAGUGGCAAAGAUACAUUAAAGUUGGAAGCGCGAGCUGAAACAUCUAUGAAUGCAGGAGGGGAAGGGGCUGUUGGCAUGAAGCCAGAAACAAAAGCUGAAAGCACAGGGGAUAAUAAAAGUGAAACAGAGACAUCAGUUUCAUCACCAAAGGCAGAUGGUGAUAAUUCAGUUCCAGCUUCAAAAGCUCAGGAACCUGACAAUGAGUUUGAGAAACGCAUUAGACCAGAGGUUAUUCCAGCAAAUGAGAUCAGUGUAACAUUUGCUGAUAUUGGUGCUUUAGAUGAGAUCAAGGAGAACCUUCAGGAACUGGUAAUGCUCCCUCUUCGAAGACCUGACCUCUUCAAGGGAGGCCUUCUGAAGCCCUGCAGGGGAAUAUUGCUAUUUGGCCCCCCUGGCACUGGAAAGACAAUGAUGGCCAAGGCCAUUGCCAAGGAGGCUGGAGCGAACUUCAUAAAUGUAUCCAUGUCUACCAUCACUUCUAAAUGGUUUGGUGAAGAUGAGAAGAAUGUUCGAGCUUUAUUCACACUUGCAGCUAAGGUCUCUCCAACUAUUAUAUUUGUGGAUGAAGUUGAUAGCAUGCUUGGGCAGCGGACCAGAGUUGGGGAGCAUGAAGCCAUGCGGAAGAUAAAAAAUGAGUUCAUGACUCACUGGGAUGGGCUCUUGACAAAACCGGGUGAGCGCAUCCUUGUUCUUGCUGCAACCAAUAGGCCAUUUGACCUUGAUGAAGCGAUUAUUAGGCGCUUUGAAAGGAGAAUUAUGGUGGGGUUGCCAUCCGUGGAGAACAGGGAAAUGAUCUUUAGAACACUCUUGUCAAAGGAAAAGGUAGAAGAAGGACUAGACUUUAAGGAGCUAGCAACUAUGACAGAAGGAUAUUCUGGAAGUGAUCUCAAGAAUCUCUGCACUACAGCAGCGUAUCGACCAGUUAGAGAGCUUAUACAGCAAGAGAGACUAAAAGAUUUAGAGAGAAAGCAGAGAGCUGCAGAAGGGAAAGAAGUCCAAUCUGUAGUAGGGCAGAAUUCAGGAGGUGCUUCCGACACAAAAGAAGGUCAGGAGGAAAGGGUAAUUAUCCUCAGGCCAUUGAAUAUGGAAGACUUCAGGCUGGCAAAGAGUCAGGUUGCUGCAAGCUUUGCAUCUGAGGGAUCUAUAAUGGGUGAGUUAAAGCAGUGGAACGAAUUGUAUGGAGAAGGGGGUUCAAGGAAGAAGCAGCAGUUAACUUACUUCUUAUAAUGGAGGUCAGAAGAUUGUUGUAAGAAUAAUACCAUGCACAUGAAUAUUUAAGAAAUGCUGAUGGAUAAGCCUCAACUUUUGACCACAACGUUCUUCUUCUCCUUGGUAACAAGGAGAUAACAAUCAACAAAAAGAUUGGGAAGAAAACAAAGUGGAAGAGAAGUUUAUCCACUUGACUAGUCCUUUAUCUCUAGUAAUUGAAAAUAUGGAACCAUCCCAUCAUGUAAUAUUAUUACCUUAGUUUUACUUAGGAUAUGUGUGUAUAAUGCUUCAGAUUGAGCUUGUUUACCUUUUGCUGCUUGAUUCUAAGAAUAAGAACAAAAGCCACUUCUAUUAAUUCUUGUGGCUUUGCCUCCAAACAAAAACUAUUCUUUGCUCUUUUAGCGGUAUUGUUAGGAAAUACUUAUGCUUUAGAGAAUCUUUAUGAAA